GGGUGCGCGGCGGCGGGCGAGAACGAGGAGACGGUGAUCAUCGGGCUGCGGCUGGAGGACACGAACGACGUGUCGUUCAUGGAAGGGGGGGCGCUGCGGGUGAGCGAGCGGACCCGGGUCAAGCUGCGGGUGUACGGGCAGAACAUCAACAACGAGACGUGGUCCCGCAUCGCCUUCACGGAGCACGAGCGGCGGCGGCACACGCCGGGCGAACGCGGGCUGGGGGGUCCCGCGCCGCCGGAGCCGGACAGCGGCCCCCAGCGCUGCGGCAUCCGCACCUCAGACAUCAUCAUCCUGCCGCACAUCAUCCUGAACCGCCGCACCUCGGGCAUCAUCGAGAUCGAGAUCAAACCGCUGCGCAAGAUGGAGAAGAGCAAGUCCUAUUACCUGUGCACGUCCCUUUCCACACCGGCCCUGGGAGCCGGCGGCCCGGGCUCCGCCAGCGGGGCCGUCGGGGCUAAGGGCGGCGCGGGGGUAGCCGGGCUCCCGCCGCCCCCGUGGGCCGAGACCACCUGGAUUUACCACGACGGCGAGGACACGAAGAUGAUCGUGGGCGAGGAGAAGAAGUUCCUGCUGCCCUUCUGGCUGCAGGUGAUCUUCAUUUCGCUGCUGCUGUGCCUGUCGGGCAUGUUCAGCGGCCUCAACCUGGGGCUCAUGGCUCUGGACCCGAUGGAGCUGCGCAUCGUGCAGAACUGCGGCACCGAGAAGGAGAAGAAUUAUGCCAAGCGCAUCGAGCCCGUGCGCCGGCAGGGCAACUACCUGCUGUGCUCCUUGCUGCUGGGCAACGUGCUGGUCAACACCACGCUCACCAUCCUGCUCGACGACAUCGCCGGCUCAGGCCUGGUGGCGGUGGUGGUCUCCACCAUCGGUAUUGUCAUUUUUGGGGAGAUCGUACCCCAAGCCAUCUGCUCCCGCCACGGCCUGGCUGUAGGGGCCAACACUAUCUUUCUCACCAAGUUCUUCAUGAUGAUGACCUUCCCGGCUUCUUACCCGGUCAGCAAGCUGCUGGACUGCGUCCUGGGUCAGGAGAUAGGCACAGUGUAUAACCGGGAAAAGCUGUUGGAGAUGCUCCGGGUCACUGACCCUUACAACGACCUCGUGAAGGAGGAGCUGAACAUCAUCCAAGGGGCGCUGGAACUGCGCACCAAGACGGUGGAGGACGUGAUGACGCCUCUCCGGGACUGCUUCAUGAUCACCGGCGAGGCCAUUCUGGACUUCAACACCAUGUCGGAGAUCAUGGAGAGCGGCUACACUCGCAUUCCGGUGUUUGAGGGAGAGCGCUCCAACAUCGUGGACCUGCUCUUUGUCAAAGACUUGGCCUUCGUGGAUCCAGAUGACUGUACUCCCUUGAAAACCAUCACCAAAUUUUAUAACCACCCCUUGCACUUUGUUUUCAAUGACACCAAGUUGGACGCUAUGCUGGAAGAAUUUAAGAAAGGUGACUGAAAAAGACAGCAGGGGUUAAAAGGCCUAACGUAAGUGUUCAUGGAUUUUGAAAGCUCCUAAAUAACCUAAGUUUUAA